UAACCACAGCCAUGGAGCUCAUCUUCCCUGCACUGCUGACACUUGUAGCUGCUUUCAUAAUUCUCUACCUAUGUUCCUUCAUUACUAACUACAUUACAACUCCCAGGAACUUUCCUCCAGGACCCCGGCCUCUGCCAUUCAUUGGGAAUCUGCACAUUAUCAACCUCAAGAGACCCUACUUGACUUUGAUAGAGCUUUCCAAAGCCUAUGGCUCGGUAUUCACCAUUCAGAUGGGAAUGAGGAAAAUGGUGGUGCUGACUGGAUAUGAGGCUGUGAAGAAUGCUCUGGUCGGGCACGCUGAGGAGUUUGGUGAAAGAGCGUCCAUUCCAGUGUUUGAAAAAAUAGAUAGCGGAAUGGGUGUCAUAUUCGCGCACGGUGAAAGCUGGAAAGCCAUGAGAAGAUUUACUAUCGGCACAUUACGUGAUUUUGGAAUGGGGAAAAGCACCGUAGAAGACAAGAUUCUGGAAGAAAUCGAUCAUUUGGUGCAGAAGUUCCAGACCUUUCAAGGGAAACCCUUUGACAACUCUCAGAGUAUAAACGCAGCAGUCGGAAACAUCAUCGUGUCUAUUGUCCUUGGACAUCGCAUGGAUUACGGAGACCCCACCUUUAGGAGACUUCUGAGGCUGACAAAUGAGAACAUUCAGCUUGCUGGAUCACCGACGGUUUCAAUGUACAAUAUGUUUCCGGGCCUGGUCGGCCUGUUUCCUGGGAGUCAUAAAACAAUUCUUAGCAACAUUGCAGAAAUAAAUGAGUUUAUUACAAAGACGUUUGUCAACCAUCUGAAGGAGCUGGAUGUGGAUGAUCAGAGGAGCUACAUUGAUGCCUUCCUUGUGAAACAAAAAGAGGAGGAAAAUAAUGCUGGCACGCACUUUCACAAUAGAAACCUCUUAAGUAGUGUGAGAAAUUUGUUUUCCGCUGGAAUGGAAACUACAGCGACCACCAUCCGCUGGGGUCUUCUUCUCAUGACAAAAUUUCCAGAAAUUCAAGAAAAAGUACAAAGUGAAAUUGCAAAAGUGAUCGGCACCAUGCAACCUCAAUACAACCAUCGCCACCAAAUGCCUUACGCCAACGCUGUUCUUCACGAGAUCCAGAGAUUUGCAAAUAUAGUGCCGAUGAACCUGCCCCAUCAGACAACUAAGGACGUCCAAUUUAUGGGCUACUUUAUUCCAAAAGGUACCUACAUUAUCCCUCUUCUUGCAUCUGUCCUCUAUGACAAGACUCAGUUUGCAGAGCCUUAUGUAUUUAAUCCUCAACAUUUCCUGGACUCGGAGGGGAAGUUUCAGAAGAAAGAUGCCUUCAUGCCGUUUUCAGCAGGUCGACGGAUAUGUGCUGGAGAAACCCUUGCAAAAAUGGAGCUGUUUCUUUUUUUCACAACUCUUCUGCAAAAACUUACAUUCCAGAAGCCUCCGGAGGUUCAUGAUGUGGAUCUAACACCAGCUGUUGGACUGACCACUCCACCAAUGCCUCAUAAGAUUUGUGCUAUUGAACGAUUUUAACGUACCAGAACAGACUGAAAAUGUGAUCCAUGGGCU